AUGUCUUCUGCGAAUAACUACGAAAAGUCUAUUAUCUGCAAGGCUUUAGGCUCUCUUUCUGCACUGUCUCCCACGACAUUGGCGGUCAACAAAGCCCACCCCAGAACGACUGACGGAAGCUCGAUCAAACGCAUCUUCAAGGUCCCCAGGCGAAGCAGAACCAUGCAGUCGCUGCAGUCAGCGGCUGCCAAGGGCGGCACCAAAGUCGAAACCCUGACCUAUAUGUCUCGAGACGAGGUCGAGGCAAUGAUAGCCGACGGACGAAAAAUAAUUCUAGUUGACGAUUUUGUCCUCAGGGUCGAUGCUUGGCUAAAGUACCACCCCGGCGGUGAAAUCUCCAUUAUGCACAUGGUGGGAAGAGAUGCCACCGAUGAAGUCAAAGCCUUGCAUUCGCCGGAGGCGGUCCAGCAAAUGCAACGAUACCGCGUCGGCCGCAUUCAACCGCCUUGGCGGAACUUCCGGCCACCAAUCCAAGGAGGCGUUUUCCGAACCGCCAACGAAAUGGAGGAAUCGCAAGACGGAUUCACUAGCUCCAAAGGAUCAAACUCAAGUGUAUCAUCCCGGCCACCGUCACCCGUCUUCGAUGCCGAGGGGCCCAAAGUCAAGCGCAGAAGAAGGUCCAACGAGGAUCGACCAUCCUCGGUCUCGUCCCAUUCCAGCGCUGAUCGGGAGAUGGAUGGCAUCUCAUAUCUUGACACUCUGACGCGUGAACAUAUUAGCCUGGAUUUGGAAAAGUACCCGCAGCCGGAUUCUGAGACACAGGCUCAUGUUAUUGCCAAGUAUCGAGCGCUCUAUCAGCGAUUGAUUGACGAGGGCUACAUGGUUACAAGCAAGUCCGCCUACGCCGUAGAGUGCUUCCGAUAUGUGGUACUCCUCUCCGGUUCGUUGGUCUUGUUGAAGUAUAGGCAAUACGCCUUGAGCGGCUUGUGUUUGGGCCUGAUGUGGCACCAACUCGUCUUUACAGCUCACGAUGCUGGCCAUAUUGGCAUCACGCACAAUUACCAGGUCGAUUCCCUGAUCGGAAUUUUGAUUGCGGAUUAUAUUGGUGGCCUCUCCAUGGGCUGGUGGAAGAACAAUCACAAUGUUCAUCACAUUGUGACCAAUGCCCCCGAGCACGAUCCUGAUAUCGAACACAUGCCGCUCUUUGCCAUCUCGCACCGCCUUCUGGGCAGUUUGCGCUCGACAUUUUACGAUAGAGUAAUGGCUUACGACGCUGCCGCGAAAAUACUACUGCGGGUCCAGGCUUGGACAUACUACCCUUUUCUCGCUCUUGGUCGAUUUAAUCUCUACGUCUUAUCCUGGCAAUUUCUCUUCACGGGCCUCGGGCCAAAGAAGGGUAUUUCUGCAUGGCAUCGUUGGGUAGAGAUUGCUGGACAAGUGUUUUUCUGGUACUGGUUCGGGUACCUCAUGGUGUACAAAUCUAUCCCUGAUGCAUGGUCGCGAUUCACCUUUGUCAUGAUCAGCCACAUCGCUUCUUCACCGUUGCAUGUACAGAUCGUUCUAUCGCACUUUGCCAUGAGUACCGCCGACCUGGGACCGCAGGAAUCAUUCCCGCAGCGAAUGCUGCGAACCACCAUGGAUGUGGACUGUCCGCCUUGGCUGGACUUUGUCCAUGGCGGCCUGCAGUUCCAGGCCAUUCAUCACAUGUUUCCCAGAAUGCCGCGCCACAAUCUCCGAAAGGCGCAGAAGCUCGUCAUUGAGUUUUGUAGCGAUGUGGGCAUCCCGUAUGCCUAUUAUGGGUUUGCGGAUGGAAAUAAGCAAGUUAUUGGCCGACUGGCGGAGGUCUCGCAGCAGGCAGCCAUCUUCUCAAAGUGCCAGCAGUCAAUUGUACAGAGCGGCGAUUUCUACGGCCACUCACAUUAG